UUCAAGAGCCUCAUCUCCAGGCAGCUCCUACGCAUCGAGUACUGCCUGGCUCUACCACGACAGUAUUUGGGUAGGAAAACUGUCAAGAAUCGCUGACAAAUUUUUUCGUCUCUACAAGCUGCCUAGAUAUUUCAAGGCUUGGAGGAAAGGUAGCCAUCUCCAUACGAGCGGCAAUGUCGUCGAUAGCGAGCAAAACGAUCCGAAAUUGUAUGAAGUCGACACACGCGCACAGCCUUCUUCAGGAAAUCCAAUUUCCUCAACUUCAUCUGCUCAAAUGGCAGCACGUAAAUCUCCAUCUCCUCUGACCAGAGCAGCCGUGAUCCACCCGGCUAAGGAUAUCAAGAACGUAACGGUAACUCCAGUCGGUGCUGUCCCCAAUGGUGCAGGUGGCAAUCCCUUUCAGGAUGAGGCGACUGAACUACUAGCUUCAGGAUUAUGCGACUUUACACCCUUCGCAGAGACUGGCUUUAGAAGGGAAGUGGGGAUCGACACUACGUCUACGAAGUUCUUGAACAAGACUUUUAGUGCAACGAGGAGCAAAGCAGGAGAAGUACUAGCAUCCACACAAGCUGCAGAACCUGCAGAUCAUCUUAAUCUUUUUCAGAGCGACGCUCUAAACAUACCUGAGCCAUCGCCAUUAGAUCCGAUAGAAGAUGAAAGUAUUGUUCUCGACGAUGACGAGCAAGGAGUGGGCCCAACAGCUGAAAGCUACAGCCUGCGAGAGACAAGCUACAGCCUGCAAGAGACAACGUUACCACUUCAAUCUGCGGCUCUUGGACUGCUGCUACGGUGCAAGUAUUUGAACCAGGUAGCUUUUGGCAGUUACAAACGGCAUCUUUUGAGAAGAGGACUGCGUGGACUGACGAUCGUGUGGAAAGAGAGCAAAGUGCCAUUCAAGGUUAAGAAAGGCCUUUUUCUUCUAGAAGAUCAACAAGAAGUACUAAAAACCUUCGCUUAUCAAGAAGAACCCGACCAGUCUCCACUAGGUCGCUUAGUGGAAGUGGAUGAGGACGAACACGAAGAUGAGGAGGACUUUGCCAAGAACGAGAGUGAACAUCCACCUUUUGAUGGAACCACAAGCAAUCCUGCAGCAACGUCUUCAAGUUCAAGUCCUAAUCCUCAAAAAACGAUGAAUCUGUAUAAGAAUCAGACGAGCAAAGUAGACCCAAGAAGUCCUCAAGCAGGAGGUGUAUCUUUGACUUAUGGGUCGUGUAAGUAGGGAAUUCAUUUCCAAACCCAAAGUCAUCUGGAAGAGAAAGACAAGAGGAAAAAGGGACCCAGAUGAUCCCUGAGAUGAAUUCCCGACGCCUCUAAUUGACGUCUUCGAAAGAAAGCACUACAACUGGUGGCCCCAGCACAGCUACAUCGUCAAAAGUCACGAGUUCUUGCACUUCCGAAGGGUUUAACGAAGAUACUAAAAUGGUGACAAGUAAGAUAAAUUGUGUUCAGGAGGCUGAUCAUGUAGAAGCUCCAGACCAUCUGCGUCCACUGCUUAACGAGAAACAGCACAUCCUUCUUCGCAAAGCAUGGCUUAGAUGGAGAUCGGAAAGGUGUCGUAGCGAAAGUUAUUCACUUGGGGACGAGGAAGGGAGCGGAGAUAUACGAGAGCGUCCAGGUGAAGACAAAGCUAGAGCUACGUCUUUAACUUCAUCUGCAGUACCAGCAUUUCUGGCCACGGAAACAACGACCUCAGACACAUCAGAGCCAUCUUCUAAUAUCCUCUUCCUCUCGGGGGCAGCAACGCAGCCCCCUUAUCCUGAAAGCUGCCUCGUCCUAGGAGACGCGCUAAACCAGUUACGUCAAGAAUUGACUGAAUCCCGUAAAGCCGUUGAAGAAGAGGCAUUGCAGUUAAUAGUGUCAUUGUCCUCUGCGAGAAGUGCAACAAAAAAUGGUAACCAUAGAGUACAUGAGUAUCAAGACGAGCACGACGAGAUCCAAUAUAUGCUGAACAAGAUACGAAACAGAGGGCGAGGCAAGAAGGUUGUGCAACAACUAGAAGUACUAGAUCAGCAUGAUGAUGGUCGUUUUGAUGACUCUACAAGUGCGGAAAUAACUGCUGGGAGUACUGUGUCCGCCGCCACCACAGCCGGUACGAUCUCAACUAGUACUAAACAAGCCAGAAAUGUUUAUCGAUCUACAACCAAGAACAACUACACUACAUUUUCCGGCAAACAAUCCGCAGUUCACGCCCUUGCCCUCUUAGAGGAUACGCAGCAAAUGUUGUCAGACUUUCGGAGUCGCACCGCAGUCUCUGCUAGGAGGAGUAGCUUGGAGGAGGAAGCAGAAGUCCAAAAGUUUAGAACGAUUCAUCCUCGUUCGGCAUUGUUCGUAAGGGAGGAGGAGAAGAAGGGUGAAAGGUUUGCAUUGGAUGAAGAGAUCUCGAUCUCUAAGGAGAAAGAUAAUAGUCAUAUCAGAAAUCUUCGAGUCGGUAAAGUUUCUUCUUUGAAAGACUUUUACUUUCUACCUGAGGGUGAAGGUCAAGGUCGACGACUUCGUGCUCAAACAGAGCCAAUACAAGCUUCUGCGCAGACCUUCCAAAGACAUGCUGCAUUUGCAGAAGGACAAGACGAAGUGGGCGAUGAAGAACAAGAUGGUCGAGAACUUGUGGAGGUUGAGGCUUAUGGCGAUGAGUUUUUAGAGGCACAAGGAGAUCGUGGGAGCAAUCUUCUCCAACAUAAUAGGACAAGGACACCAGAAAUAACGAGCGCAUCGUUAUCAAAGGGCGGUAGGAGUUAUACUAGCGAAGCUGGCGUUGUAGAAGUUGGUCGUCGUGUUGUUCAUGAUACAAAGACGAGUCUGCAUUUUACAUCCCAUAGCCAUGCACAUUAUAUUAAUCCUAUAAAAAGCCCUAGAAGUCCUAGUAUCUCAACAGGUUUAAACAGAGAUUUGAGAGGUCCAGAAGUGGCUUUGAUGUCGCCAGAUGACUCCUCAUCGGAAGGCGUGGGAACAUUAACAACAGGUCUCUCUUAUCAUGAGCAGCGUAGGCUGUUGUUGAUAUGAAAGUUCCAAGCAAGUCCUCCACCAAGUCGCGUUUGACUGCGAUUGGACUUCAAAAAACGCGAUCGGCAUUUUUGUGACGCAAGAGAGCCAGCAUCACG